AAAAUCUUAUUAUUUCUCACUUUGUACAUUUUGAUUCAUUUCAUGCUUGGAUCUGAUUAAUACAGAAGUCGUUUUAAGAUGAUGCAAAUUAUACGGAUACUUUUGCCGUUUUGUUUGCUGUACUGUGCGGAAUCAGCGAGUUUCUUUAAAUACCAAUCUGGGUCGGUCAAACUUGGAACCAGAUUGACAAGGGAUUUAUCUGAGAGACAGCUGCACUUGACAAUAGAAGACAGAAGGGAGACCUUGUCCAUCAAGAAACAACUCUUGCCAGGCAUUAGCAAGCGCCCGUCUCGUAGAAAUGCGGAUAUGGAUUUAUAUGCGACUUUAAGUAAAGAUACUGUCUGCACGAAUGAACUCUUUAACGGAGAAUACUCACUGCGUUGUCUCAAACAAUCGACAAAUGGAUAUUCGUAUAUUACAUCAAAGAGGGCGGUUUAUGUUGAAAAUGAUGAGUCUUUGAAUGUACCAUCUGUUGACCAGUUACUGAAAAUAAGAGAGGCAAUAAAUCGUAAAACGGGCGCCGAAGCUGGAGAGCAUUCACGGAAACGUCGGCAAACGACUAUGAGUAAGGGGAAACAAUCUUUGAUAACUCCAACUAUAAGCUCAGACACUGCGUUCAUAAAGAUAAGAAUGAUGAUGGACGUUGCAUUCUUCAACCGCUUCUUGGAUUUUGUUGGUGGUGAUAUUGACGAAGCAAAAUCUGAAAUAGAGUGCUUCCUUACAUUGGUAAUAAACCAGGCGGCAUUGUAUUAUGCCAGUUUAAAGGACUUAGGUGCCGUCAUCUCAUCGUCGGAUGGUCAGCAGUAUAAUGUGGAUUUCUUACCAUAUCUCGAGGGUAUAACAUUUCCCCCACAAAACCAAGAUGGUUCAUUCUAUGAUAUUCCCCCAUUAGUAAACAACAGAGAGGGUAGGUUUCUAAUUACGAAAAUAUUUGACAGUGGUGAAAACAACAUAUCAUUUGAUGUGGAUGGAUUAGUGAUUGACUUUGGAGAGUAUCAGAGUGCGAACUUUCCAGGACAACAGCCGUUUAAUCUGAUACAUUUCAUGUCAGGGGACUACUUUACAUUUGAUAUCUACAACCGUAUAAGCAACGAUUCAAAUGAUGACAUUUUCGUUACCCGUAUUGUAUUUGGAGGUGUAUCGUACAUUGGCAGCUUAUGCGGUAAUUUCGAAAGUGGAAACUUUGACGGCAGAAAUGGGUUUAGUUCGUUGAACAGUGCUGGGAUAGGACGACUUGUUGCUCACGAAAUAGGACACAAUAUCGGCUGUUUCCAUGACACAUCUGAGAGAUGUCUGCCGGAAAAGGUGACCUUGAUGUCAACAGUUUACGCACCACCGACUGCUGCAGCUGGCGAAGAUUAUUAUAAAUGGUCAGAAUGCUCUGGAGAAGAAAUCGAAAACCGAUUUGCAUUGUGA